UUGAAAAAAAAUUAAAGUGAAAUCGUGAUUCAUUCCAUAUUUUUGCAUUUUUUCACACAAAUUCUGUGCAAUAUUUCUACUUUUUGACGUCUUCCAAGGCUUUUGGGGGUCGUUUUGUUCAAAAAUCAUCAAAAAUUGUCCAUAAAAAGACCAAAUUAGAAAUUAUUUGAAGUGAAAGCCGUUGUUCGAGUUGAAAAAUGUCGAUGGAAGAAUUGAAACGAGAAGUAGCAGAGCUAAAAAAUGAGCUUGCCAAGUACAAAUCAUCCGGAAAACGUGAAAAAAUCGAAAAAAUGUCAGCGGAAGUUGUGGAUUCUAAUCCUUACAGUCGUUUAAUGGCUCUUCAGAGAAUGGGAAUUGUGCAAAAUUACGAGCGGAUUCGUGAAAAAUCUGUCGCUGUUGUCGGUGUGGGAGGCGUUGGUUCUGUUACAGCUGACAUGUUAACGCGAUGCGGCAUCGGGAAACUCAUUCUCUUCGAUUACGACAAAGUUGAGCUUGCAAACAUGAAUCGACUGUUCUUCACGCCGGAUCAAGCGGGUCUUUCGAAGGUCGAAGCAGCAGCUCGUACCUUGAAUUUCAUCAAUCCCGACGUCAAAAUCGAGACAAAUAAUUACAAUAUCACGACAGUCGAUCAUUUCGAUGAGUUUUUGGCGACAAUUCAGAGCGGCGGAUUGACAGAAGGGACACCUGUUGACUUGGUUUUGUCGUGCGUCGACAAUUUCGAGGCUCGCAUGGCGAUAAAUGCGGCUUGCAACGAGCUCGGGAUGAAUUGGAUGGAAAGCGGCGUCAGUGAAAAUGCUGUUUCGGGUCACAUUCAACUCAUAAAACCCGGGGAAAGUGCGUGUUUUGGCUGUGCACCGCCAUUGGUUGUCGCAGAAAAUAUCGACGAGAAAACUUUGAAGCGCGAAGGCGUUUGUGCUGCUUCGUUGCCAACGACAAUGGGCAUCGUAGCGGGAAUGUUGGUGCAAAAUACCCUGAAAUACCUCUUGGGAUUCGGCGAAGUGUCGGAUUACUUGGGAUAUAAUGCUCUGAAUGACUUUUUCCCGAAAAUGAGUCUCAAACCGAACCCGCAAUGCGAAGAUCGGCAAUGCGUGUUGCGACAACAAGAGUUUGCAGCGAAACCAAAAGUCGUCAAGGAAGAAGUUUUAGCUGUAGAUGACGCCCCGUUGCACGAAUCGAACGAAUUUGGCAUCGAACUUGUCGAUGAAAGUGCUCCUGUUGCUCCAACGCCUCCCGUUUCUCAAGCAGUUGGCGGUUUACGGUACGCCUAUGAAGCUCCGCCGCCAGAUCUUGUCUCGGAUGUUGCCGGAGCUGCUGCUGUUUCGCCCACAGCGAGCGACGAUGUCAGUCUCGAAGACUUGAUGGCGCAAAUGAAAUCGAUUUAAGACAUUUUUUGACUUUUUUUUAUGUAUUUUAUUGACAGAGCGACGUAAAAAUUAAACUU